CAUCUCCCGUCUGGCAGCCCCGGCGUUGCCCCAGCGUGUAAUCUUUUCGUAUGACAGAACGAGACGCGGUGAAAGGGUUUUAGGAAUUAACCUUUGGCUGUCCUGCUUCCCGUAGCCUGGCAUUCAGGGAAGGAGAGGGGGAGGAUGUCGCUGAAGCCGUUCACCUAUCCACUGCCCGAAACAAGGUUCCUUCACGCUGGCAGGCUCGUGUACAAAUUUAAAAUCCGCUAUGGCAACUUCAGCAGUGCUCCUGAUCUCAGUCUUGCUGAAAGUGCUGCCAAGGAGUCAGAGGAAGUGAUUCGAGUAAUCCUUGGAAAUCUUGAUGACUUACAUCCAUUUUCUACAGACCACUUCACUGUGUUUCCGUAUUUGAGUAAAUGGGAGAGAGUAUCGAAGAUGAAAUUCAAACAUGAGAAUGUCCAUCUUGUGCCUUAUCCCUACAUUUGCACAUUGUAUCUAGAAUUGAACUCAUUUCAGCAAAAUACGUCUUGUGGUAAAGAAGUAAACAGAGGGAGUGAUGAGCUUGUCAGGAGAAGAAAUGACAUAUCAGAAAGUACUGCAGUGGAAGGAGCAGUGAAGAGGAGGAGAGUGGAAGUUGGAGCAGAGAAUUCAUGCCCACAAUUGCGUGUGGACAGAACUGGAGCUGAUUGUGCUCAUCAGAUGAGUAAAGCAGAGCAUGGAUUUGAAAAGAACUCUUCCAAAGCAAAUGAGUGCAAGUUUAGCCCAGCAUCCCUUACUAAAGACUGGAAAUGUGUGGAAUCUGCCCUUGAACAAGGAGCAGCAGCCAGUCAGGCUGAGGGUGCAGUGCAGCUGCUGCAGCAAAUGGACCAAACAGGAAAGAAAGGAAAUGUGAAGUCGGAAGGAAGGAGUCUCUCAACGUUCUGGAGAAGGUACUAAUCGUGCAGCAGUGAGCAAAUGCACUCCUGGCUCUGUCUAAGCCUGUGCCAAGGCUGAUUCUGGCAGUUCAGGGGAUUCUGCACGGUUCUGGAGGACGGAGAC